CAGUUCCCAUGAUGCCUGGCAGCUAUUCGUGUGCACGCUGCCUUUGCGCGGCUGCUGCUGUAUUUGCAGAUUUACAAACAAAAAAAGCUAGGCCUGCCUGAUCUGCAAAAGGCAUUGCGGGAAAUCCAGAUGAUUGUAGCAGCUGCUAAAAUGCGUUGCCGCUCCUGAACGUAUCCUCAGUUUAUAUUUGGCUUAAAGGAGACGCAACAAAGCGCACAAAAUGGUUUCGCUCCAGGCCCGGGUGAAUAAGUAGGUUUACUAUAGCUUUAAGAACGCGAAAAUAGACCUGCUUCUUUAAAAUUAUAUUGGAUUAUUGCUGAAUAGAUAAUUAAGAAAAGUUUUCAAUUUCUAAUCAAUAAUUACAUGCAUUUAAUCUGCGACGAAACCAACGCAUUCAGACAAAAUGUCUCACUGUUGGAUAAAGGCCGCUUGUAAUCAAAACGUCUUUAAACCAGAUGUUGUCCGUUUGUCUUCACAUUGCAAGUAACUUCAAACCUGCUUGACUUUAAGAGUAAAUUGAGGUAGGCUGAAGUGUCCUCACGGUGAUGGAAAUGGACGGUGACCGAACCGAGGAUGUAUAUAAAGGUGAAGAGCCACCGGAGGACAAGGCCGCAGAUCAGACCACGGCCACCAGUUCGCCCGUCACACCGCGAAUGGGCCUCAGAGAGCGCGGAGCGGGCCGCAGGAGGUCCGGUGUCCCCGCUUCAUUAACAGACGUUAACGGAGCUGCAAGUCCGCAAAGCUCAGGACGGGUUUUAAGAGACAGGUCAACAAGGGCAGUACCGGCUUGGCUGAAGGAUACCAAGAGCGAUGACGACGAAGACGAACCGAGCCCGGACACCGGUGCGACCAAGCGUAGGAAAGUUCCCAACUCUAGGCAGAAGAAAAAUUCAGAAUGUGCUGCUUCCACGGAGCCUGAUGGGGGGGUCGCAGGUGACAGCCUUCAAGGCACAGACUCAGAAAGCCUGAAAAAGCCUGCAGCAGAUGACCAAUCUCUUCCCUCCAGACGCCCCACAGUCCAGACUAGUGCCAAGGCCCCCUCUGGCAGGGCUGUCCGCGGCUCUGCCAAGCCUGUUUGUAAGACCGAACCUGGUAUGGACUAUCCAGCUGCAGUGGAAGGAGAGGUUAAAAAUAAAGAGAAGUGUGAAAUUAAAAAGAGAGAGGAGGAAAGUGAGGAUAUUGGUGAACCAGUGUUGGAUGAUGAAGACCCUCCAUUUCAGGAUGAUCCAAACGACCUCACCUACCAGCCACAGAGUCAGAGUGGUGUAGAGGAGGAAGAGGGCCUGAGCAGUGAUGAGGAUGUUCCAUUUAGAGAUGACUUAAAUGAUCAAAGUUAUGACCCGAAGGCUGAAAGGGAUGCUCCUAAACCAAAGCGCAGAGCUCCUCACAAGCAGAAGGAGAAGAAGGAAAGAGAGAAGGCACCUAAAAAAGAGAAAGAGGUCACUGAGAUAAAGAUAGAAGGUUCAGACAACUUAGAAAAUUUGGAGGAGGAAGUAAAGCUAGAAGAAGAAGUUGUGGAGGACCCAGAUGGACCCAGGAAGAGAGGCCGGCGGAAAAAAGAUGACAAAACACCACGGCUGCCAAAGAGAAGAAAGAAGCCUCCAGUGCAGUAUGUGCGCUGUGAAAUGGAAGGAUGUGGGACCGUCCUGGCUCAUCCUCGUUAUCUACAGCACCAUAUAAAGUACCAGCACUUGCUCAAGAAGAAGUAUGUGUGUCCUCACCCGUCUUGUGGAAGGCUUUUUCGCUUACAGAAGCAGCUGCUGCGUCAUGCAAAGCACCACACAGACCAGAGGGACUACAUCUGUGAGUUCUGUGCUCGUGCCUUCAAGAGCUCCCACAACCUGGCUGUGCACCGCAUGAUCCACACAGGAGAGAAACCCCUGCAGUGUGAGAUCUGUGGCUUCACCUGUCGCCAGAAGGCGUCUCUCAACUGGCACAUGAAGAAGCACGAUGCUGAUGCCACUUAUCAGUUCUCAUGCUCCAUUUGUGGUAAGAAGUUUGAGAAGAAGGAUUGUGUGGUGGCUCAUAAGGCCAAGAGUCACCCAGAAGUGCUAAUCGCUGAGGCGCUGGCAGCCAACGCCGGCGCCCUCAUCACAACCCCUGCUUCCCUGCUGGAGCUGCCGGGAAACCCCAUGCAAGCAGAGGUCACCAGCCUGGACAUGAGACAAGUAGGGCAGGAUGGACAGGUGGAUCCGCUGAGCCAGGAAGGGCAAGUGGGGCAACAAGUGGCUCAGGUGUCCCAGAUGGGUCAUGUACCUCAACAAGUCAGUCACCAGGUGGUUUUACUGGGACAAGACCAGAGCCUCCAUACCAUGCAGGUGCCAGUGACAAUAGCCCUGUCCCCCAUCGACCCCCCUUCCCCGGCUGACAACCAACAACAGACUCACCUCCAGCUGCAGAUGCCUGUCCAGUUUGUGCAGGCCACUCAGCAGCCACAGCAGCCCCAAAUCCAGCAACUGACCCUUCAUUCCAGCUCAGUGGUGACCCAGCACCAACCACAGCUGCAGCCUCUUCAGUCAUAUUCCCCCCAACAGCAGAGCCAGGCACAGACGCAAAUGCUACAAAUGUCCUUCCAGCCAGUCAGCCAGUCCCAGACCCACAUUCAACAGAUCCCUAUCCUAGCAACUUCUCAGCAGCUUCAGACCCUGCAGACAGCGACCCCAAACCCUCCUCUCCUGUCUGCAUCCCAAACCCAGUCCCAGGAUCCAGCCCCUACCAGUGGGGACAGCUUUAUUCUGGGAAAUCCGGUGCUCACAUCCUCUUCUCAGUCAGCUAGUUCCCUCCAGCAGACAGACAGGGUGGGGGAGGAGGGUGUGGUAUGGGAACAGACAAGGCAAGGGGAAGUUCUGGCUGACGGCAGUGACAGACAUGUGCAGCGGGCCCUGAUGUGAAACAAAGAUGGUGCACACAAAAGAGAAAACAUCAGUGACCUAAUAUACUGUAUCACAAUGUUUAAGGUAAAUGUAGGAUCACCAAUAUAUUAUGUGCUGUUCACUCAUAGUCAUAUUUGGUAGUUUUUUUAGAAUAUCUGUAUCAGGGAAAGUUUGUAUAUGUCUGUAUGUGUAAGUUGUUGCUUUUGUACACAACAGUCCUGUGAACUUAAGUAGCCUA